UUCCGUCGAACGUGAUUCAGUCGAUAGGCAAGGCAACAUACAGUAUUACAACUUUCAGACAUUUGAAUGUAGUCAUAUCGCUCUUUGACACACAGGGGCGUACUACCAGCGCCUGAGCUUGUGAGGAACAACGCUGGACAACAAAACGUCAACAUUUACAGGACAAGCUUCAAGACUUGUUUAAUAGCCUCAAGCUAACAGCAUUAUGGAGGAGGAAGAAGCCCCUGUAGAUGGCGAGGUGGAGACCCCCUUUGCUGCAGAGACUUACGCUGCUGAGGCCAUGGCUGCAGACAUGGACCCCUGGAUUGUGUUUGACUCGAGAAGAACUCCCAGAUCCGAGUUUGAUAGCUGGUUGGAAAGCAACAGGCCUUCACAAGUGUACAGAUUUGGUGAUGAAGAAGGUGGUGUUAGCCCUGUGGGAUGGAUCGCAGUGCUAGGCAUGAACCACUGCCCCAGUGGUGGAGAUGUUACGGGUCUCCAAGAAAGCUGGGAGAAACUUUUGGCUAGUGGCCGGCCUGCCACCUUCCAGACAGUGAAGGAGUUGGCACUGAACCAUGGAGUGCUCUCAGGCAAGUGGCUCAUGCACUUGGACUCUGGUUUCAAGCUGGACCAUGCCUGGGAGUGUGUGGCCAGGGCAGCCCUGGAUGGCAAGAUCUCCCUUGUUAAAGUCAGUCCCCAUAAUCCCAAAGCAGAGGGCAAGCAGGUCAUUUGUGCCUACAACCAGGACUUCACUGAUGAGAGUGAGGUUAUGAGGUUGGACUCUGUCAUCCGUGCCACGGGGGUCAAGUGCCCUCUCUCCUACAAGCCGGAUGUGUACACAUACCUGGGAAUCUACCGAAACAACCGCUGGAAGCUUUGUCCAACCAUAUAUGAGAGCAAAUUUGACCUGGAAUGUGUGCCCAGGCGCUCCCACAUUAUCAACAAGGUCACCAAUCUUGAAGUAACAUAAGCUUGUCAGAGCAACAGGAUGGUUUUGCAGAUAAUUGAAGAGGCACUUUGUGAUCCAAUGAGCUGGGUAGUGCAGCACAAUUGACUAACCGAAAUCAUUUUGAAAGUCAGUUGAAGUUUGAUCAAGUUCUUCCUUUUGGCAAAAAAGCACUAAAUUUCCUUUAAGUCUUGUCAUAUGCUGUAAUAUUUUCAAAGUGACCUGAAUUAUUGUCACAUUUUUUGUAUUAAAUUUAUUGUUGAUGUUCUGCUUGUGAUACACUUGACACGCUGAGUUACAGGGUAGCUGAAGAAAUCCUUGAUUUGUAUGCACAUGCUCCGAAAAGAAUAAUUUUUUUUUUACGAUAAACAUUUGUCUCAUUAGUUUGGCUGAAUAUUUUCUUGGUUUAAACUGAAACAUGUAAAAGAAGUUGCCAAAUUAAAUCUACUUUUGAAGACCA